ACGGUCACACCUCCCACGUUAUGCAGUAACUACAAGUUGUGAAUCAUGAUCACUUUACUUCUGUUGUUCGCGGUAUUUUCGAUUAUAUCCGCAAUUUACCUCUUAUCAAAGAAAAAGUUUCAAUAUUGGGAGAAAAAGAAAGUGCCACACCCACCUCCGGUUCCUCUUCUGGGAAAUUUUGGGAAUUAUAUUCUGCAGAGGGAAUUUCUCGGAGAUAUUGUAAGGGAAAUAUGUGACAAAUUCCCGAACGCACCGUACAUAGGUGCUUACUACGCCACAGAACCGGCUCUGAUCGUUAAAGACCCUGAACUCAUCAAGCUCGUCAUCACCAAGGACUUCUACUUCUUCAGUAACCGUGAAGUAGCGGAGUUCAGUAACCGGGAAAAGUUAACACAGAACCUCUUCGCCACUUCUGGAAAUCAAUGGAAGGUGUUACGUCAGAACCUGACUCCUGUGUUUACCUCCGCGAAGAUGAAGAACAUGUUUCAUUUGAUCGAAAAGUGUUCUCACGUGUUCGAAGAUUUUCUUGACAAGGAAGCCAAAAGCAACGAGAUCGAAAUGAGGGCUCUUAUAGCGAGAUACACGAUGGACUGCAUCGGAACCUGUGCAUUUGGAGUUGACACUAGUACAAUGGACAAGACGGAGAAUAAUCCGUUUACAGCAGUUGGCAACAGUAUUUUUAUAUUAGACUGGUUCCAAUCAUUCAAGUUCACACUGAGAAGCAUCUAUCCCUCAAUUUUCUAUGCCCUGAGAUAUACAACACUUCCACCAAUGGUCGAAGCAUUCUUCAGCAACUUAAUGACUGGAGUCUUUAAGGGGCGCAACUAUACGCCCACAUCUCGGAAUGACUUCGUAGAUUUCGUACUGAAAUGGAAACACGAUAAAACAAUCACAGGGGACAGUCUAGAAAAUUUGAAAUCUAAUUCACAGAAGAAAGUGAGUUUAGAAGUCGAUGAUGAUCUCUUAGUGGCACAGUGUUUUAUAUUUUUCGCUGCUGGAUAUGAAACAUCAGCCACUACUUUGAGUUUCACUUUGUAUGAGUUGGCGAAAAAUCCUGAAGCUCAGAAGAGAGCUAUAGCCGAGGUGGACGAUUAUUUGCGGCGACAUAACAAUGAGCUGAAGUACGAGUGCCUUUCGGAGAUGCCAUUUGUAGAAGCGUGCUUUGACGAGACCCUUCGUAAAUAUCCAGUUCUGAGUGUGCUAGCUCGUGAAGUGGCAGAAGAUUAUACUUUCCCUUCUGGAUUGAAGGUAGAGAAAGGUCUCCGUAUAUUACUGCCACUGUAUCACUUGCAUCAUAACCCGGAGUACUUCCCGGAUCCGGAGGAGUAUCGGCCGGAGCGGUUCCUGCCUGAGAACAAGCACAACAUCAGGCCGUACACUUACAUGCCCUUCGGUGACGGCCCAAGGCUCUGUAUCGGCAUGAGGUUCGCCAAAAUGCAAAUGACAGCGGGAAUAAUAACCUUACUGAAGAAGUACCGUUUGGAACUGGCUCCUGGGAUGAAGACGAAGGUGGAAUUCCAGCCCAAGUCGAUGGUUACGCAGGUCAUUGGAGGAAUCAAGCUGAAAAUGAUCGAAAGGGAAGGAUGGGAAGAAAGAUUGUUAAAGAAACUCUAAGACUAUCUUCUUAUGACAUCGUCACAGAUUUCUUAACUGACUGAUGUAGACUCGUGAUCAAAUGAAGAAUGUCUUUGCUUUUGCUUGUGUUUGUAUUUUAUAAAGAGAUAAUUGCCAGUGAUGUUUGAAAAAAUAACAAUAUUGUUAGCAAAAUCAGUGAACAUAGUCACAAGAUUUUAUUUCCUAGUAUAAAUAAAGUAGUCAGUAGUUUAUUUUCUUUUCUUUCGAUGUCAUGAAGAGAGAGAUUUAGAUGCUAUUUUGUUUUGUAUUAUUUUUAAAUAAAGCAUUAUAAAGCAAU